AUGUUCCCUGGGGAUCCCGUUCCUUCGACAAGCUUUGAUCAGUUCAACGAUUUGACGACGGCGGCGGGAUACCCGACAAUCACUACAACUACGGCGGACGACAUCGAUUGGACGGCCUUGGGGUGCUUGCCUCCGAGUGAGCAACCUGCCAAUAGUCUCGAGAGUCAGAGUCAGGGCUUUGCUUCUAGCAUUGACUCUCCUGACCCCCCUUUCGAUCACAACCAACCAACAAUACUCACCACAGCCCCUUCCACUACCCACACCACGGCACCCGCAACCUCGCUUCAGUCCAUCCCCAUGCCCUCAGCAACAUCCCUCCCAACAACCUCCUCUACCUCUCCCACCUCUCGCGAGUCCUCGCCAAAGGAGAAGGAGAACCCCUCGCGCAUCGCCAAGCGCCAACUCAACACCAUGGCCGCACGACGGUACCGCCAGCGCAAACUCGACAAGGUAGCUCAACUCGAGGAGGAACUGGCGGCCAUCAAGCGCGAACGUGACGAGCUCAAGAUGCGCGUUUCAAAGCUGGAGGGGGAGACUGAGGUGUUGAGGAGUAUGGUGAAGGAUAAGAGUUAG